AUGUUCCCACACCCAUACUUCACUCACCCUGCCCAACAACGAAGAGGUUUUGCCACCCCUUCGCCUUCGUACUCCUACCCUCAUCCUCACUCGCACCAACAAUUCAACUUCUUCCCUCAGCCUUCGCCACCUACCCCGACCUACGAUUACUCGUCGAUCGAAGAAGAGGAACGAGCCGCUCUAGCUCAUCUCCGAUCCAUCCAACGAAGAAGGGAAGAAGCUGAGGCUGCUGCUGCCCGAGAAGCAGCCAUCUCCAGAGAAGCAGCCGCACGAGUUGAAAGAGAAGCAGCUAUCCGAGCCGAAUUAGCAAGAAUCGAACGACAACGACAAAUCGCUCAAGCUAUCAGAGCUCAACAACAAGCUGAGGAAGAAAGGAGAAAGAGAGUAUAUCUAGAAGCGAUCGAGAGAAAGAGGGCCGAGUUGCUUAACGCUCAAUUGGCCGCUCAAGCUCGACGUCAAGCUGCUUUAGCUGCUGCUCAAGCUAGAAGAGAGGACGCCGAAGCUAGGAGGAGAGCCUGUACACAAGCUAGAUGUCAAAGAAGGUUAGUUGAACCUUCUCCCUCUCCUUCCUGUUGCUGUCAUAAUCAGGUUAUCGCCGGUCAGCAGAAUCAGAAUCCCAAUACUGAUAUCUGCUGCGUCGAUAGAUUUGCUCCUGCUCCCGUCCUCACUACUUCGAGAUCGUCCACUCCUUCGAAUGAAAGGAACGAGUGGCAAGAGUUGAACAAUAUUUUCGGUCCUUUAUUCGGUUUCCACCUUGUUUCUGAUGCCGAGUCUCAAACCCCCACCACCACCGAGACCACUUCUCAAACUCGAACUGCACCAGCUGAAUCGACUUCUCAACUACGAUCGGCUCCAGAGCAACCUAAGCCAGAAGUUCAACAACCACCUUCAGCUCCAUCUGCUCCUGCUACUACCGAGAAGAAGGACAAGAAAGAAUUCCCCGAAGAUAUUAACAAACUUCUCUCACAAUUCCCUGGUCUUCGAGUCGAUCCAGUCUCUGAAUCUGAAUCUUCGCCUUCGAUCGAUAACGCCAAAGCAAGAGACAAUGGUAUUCCAGAAGGUCUCAACGAGUUCCUCGGACAAUUCGGUUUAGUCUUCGAACCUGAGGCUUCGGAGACAGACGAGAAGAAGGACGAUACCCCUGCUCCUGCUGUACCUGAAAAGAAGGAGUCUACUCCUGUCCCUUCGACCUCUUCCAACGUCGCUCAACCAUCUAAUGCCACCACUGAGAAAAAGGAAGAGGCUCCUGCUCAAAAGGAAGUACCACCAUUCACCUCUCUUCUCAAUCAGUUCACCGACGUCAACCCAUUCUUACGAGAUCUACUUGGUAAUUUCGAACAUGCCUUAACUGAGGAAUUGACCAAGAAGAAUAAGACUGUUUCUAAGGAUUGUCAAGGUACUUGUGAGAACCGAUGUGCUCAAUCUUGCGAGAAAGCUUGUGCGACUGGACCUGCGAAGAAGGAUAAAGGAAAAGCGAGGGCUGAAGGCGAGAGAAAGGAAGUACCUAAACCUGUUCCUGCUCCUACUCCUGCUUCUGCACCUGUAUCCACACCCGCUACUGUCGACUCGACCGACUCGACCGAUUCUUCCUCCUCUAUCACCGCACUUGACUCUAUCGAAUCUCAACUUGAAUCUCUCCGAUCAUCAUUCACUUUCCCUUCUAGACUGUCUUUCGCUCAUUCCACUUCCGAAACGGUCUCUCCUCCAUUAUUAUUCAACAAGACCAACUCGGCUUACCACACCCAAGCCAACUCUUACCUCCAACUUCUACUCAAGGCGGAUGGAAUCAGCUCCAACGGCGAUAAAGAGAUCCGAAAAAGGAGAAAAGAGUUGGUAAGAAAGGUCGAACAGGAGAUUGAACAGUUGGAAAAGCAGAAAGAUGAAAUUUGGAAAUCGGUCAAAGCUAAAAGAGAUAAUGGUGAAGAAUCGGAACCUGACGAAGUAGAUGAGAGAUCUUGGUCUGGAUCGGAAACUACCAGUGUUAUUGGUGAUAACGAACAUCUACAAGAAGAUCAAGAUCACGAACAUGAACAUGAGAUCGAACAUGUGGAGAAUAAGGAGGAGGAGAAUGAACAUAAGUCAUAUGCUGAAGUAGCUAAAUCUAACGCUGAGGAUACUUCGGAUGACCAAAAACAAGAAGAAGCUGUUCCUCAAGUCCAUAGUACUCCUUCCCCUACCGAACAAACUACCGCCCCUCAGGAUCAAAUUGAUAAUCAGCCUGAGACUUCUGCCAACGAUGCUCAACCCGAAAGUCCCCUUGCUGCUGAUGAUCAACCCAAAGAAGAGAUUGAAGGGUACACCAUCACCGUAACUUUCCCUACCGAAGUGGAAGCAGCUCAAGAACAAUCGUCAGCCGAGGCCGAAGAGAGGAAGGAAAAUGACGAAGAGAAAAAAGAGGUCGAGUCUGAGACUCAGACUCAGACUAAGAAAGAAGGAGUGUCUGAACAAGACAAACGAUCGGACAAGUCAGCUAAGGUAGAGAAUGAAGAAGAAGGAUAUGAGUUGUUGUGA